AUCCAGGACAAAGCCAUGAAGCCGGCGCUGCUGGAAGUGAUGAGGAUGAACCGAAUUUGCCGGAUGGUGCUGGCCACUUGCUUGGGAUCCUUUAUCCUGGUCAUCUUCUAUUUCCAAAGUAUGUUGCACCCAGUCAUGCGGAGGAAUCCCUUUGGUGUGGACAUCUGCUGUCGGAAGGGGUCCCGCAGCCCCCUGCAGGAGCUCUACAACCCCACCCAGCUGGAGCUCUCCAACACGGCCAUCUUGCACCAGAUGCGGCGGGACCAGGUCACCGACACGUGCAGGGCCAACAGCGCCCUGAGCCGCAAGCGCCGGGUCCUGACCCCCAACGACCUGAAGCACCUGGUGGUGGACGAGGACCACGAGCUCAUCUACUGCUACGUGCCCAAGGUGGCGUGCACCAACUGGAAGCGGCUCAUGAUGGUCCUGACGGGCCGGGGCAAGUACAGCGACCCCAUGGAGAUCCCGGCCAACGAGGCCCACGUCUCGGCCAACCUGAAGACCCUGAACCAGUACAGCAUCCCCGAAAUCAACCACCGCUUGAAAAGCUACAUGAAGUUCCUGUUCGUGCGCGAGCCCUUCGAGAGGCUGGUGUCGGCCUACCGCAACAAGUUCACCCAGAAGUACAACAUCUCCUUCCACAAGCGCUACGGCACCAAGAUCAUCAAGCGCCAGCGCAAGAACGCCACCCAGGAGGCACUGCGCAGGGGGGACGAUGUCAAGUUCGAGGAGUUCGUGGCCUAUCUCAUCGACCCGCACACCCAGCGGGAGGAGCCCUUCAACGAGCACUGGCAGACCGUGCACUCGCUGUGCCACCCAUGCCACAUCCAUUACGACCUCGUGGGCAAGUACGAGACGCUGGAGGAGGACUCGAACUAUAUCCUGCAGCUGGCGGGCGUGGGCAGCUACCUGAAGUUCCCCACCUACGCCAAGUCCACGCGAACUACUGACGAAAUGACCACGGACUUCUUCCACAACAUCAGCGCCGAGCACCAGACGCGGCUCUACGAGGUCUACAAACUCGAUUUUCUCAUGUUCAAUUACUCAGUGCCAAGCUACCUGAAAUUGGAAUAACGGGGGCGGGGCGCCGCUGGGGAGAGGGAGAGAGAAGC